AUGGAAGUGUUCUGUUCCCUGGAAUCCUCUGAAGGGACGUCGAGCGAGCCCUCAUCAGAAAAGAAGAGGUUCGACUUUACUCAUCUGGCCGAGUCGAUCGAAAUAGAGGAACGUGAAAAGGCCAAGAUUGAAACGACACCUACGCGACCACUGGCAGUGACCACGUCUCCGUACAGUCGACAACCGUGGUUCCUCCUGUCUGGACGAGGUCGUGCCGUAGUGAAAACGAAUAGGUCUAAGAAGGAAUUCAUUUGCAAAUACUGUAACAGACAUUUUACUAAGUCUUACAAUCUACUGAUUCAUGAAAGGACCCACACUGACGAACGCCCCUAUUCCUGCGACACAUGCGGGAAAGCAUUUCGACGUCAGGACCAUCUACGAGAUCAUAAGUUCAUUCACUCGAAAGAAAAGCCGUUUAAAUGUGGUGCGUGCGGAAAGGGAUUCUGUCAGUCACGAACGCUCCAGGUCCAUCGUUCCGCUCACACAGAAUGUAACAGUGGCCAUAACAUGGAUGAACAGGCAACGCUGAUUUCUCCAUCCACUGUUGAUAUUGAACCAUCGAUAUCCUCCAGUUCGACGUUCUAUUAUAAACUCAAUCCGCCGAGUCUGACAUCGCGAAUCUGCUGA